CAACACGUUUGUAUUAAGUGAUUGGGCUACGGUGCUGUGUCGGUUAUGCGCGAAAAAUAACAGUGUCUGCAUACGUUAUAUGCAAGCCCAGGCGCACAAGCUUCAGGCGCCCCCACGUGUACCUGUAUCACUCUCUAGAGGCAGCAUGCUUGCCGCAACAGGUGUCUGCAGGUCUCGUGCAGGACGUUUUGUAAAGUCUCUUCGGCAAUCACUCGCACAUAGCGGCUGUCCUGGCGCCCGAGUUGACGUAACCAUGUCAACGUGGGCAGGCACCGGAAUGACGCAGCAGGACUUCAUGCAGCGCGACGAGUGCCUGGUGGUGGACAACAACGACAACAUCGUCGGCACCGCCAACAAACACGACUGCCACCGCUUCGUUCCCUCACAACCCCACGGCGCCCUGCACCGCGCCUUCAGCGUCUUCCUCUUCAGCCCGGACGGCAAGCUCCUGCUUCAACAACGCGCCGCCAGCAAAGUCACCUUUCCAUCCGUCUGGACCAACACCUGCUGCAGCCACCCACUCGCCGGACAGCUGCCAGAUGAAGUCGACAAGCCGGAACAAAUCGCAGACGGCAGUGUUCCCGGCGUCAAGGCCGCCGCCGUUCGCAAACUCGCGCACGAGCUGGGCAUCCCUCCCGAACAAGUCCCCGCCUCCUCCUUCACCUUCCUCACGCGACUGCACUACUGCGCAGCCGACACGCACACCCACGGGCCCAACGCGGAAUGGGGCGAGCAUGAAAUCGACUACAUCCUGUUCGUGCGGCCGUCGCAGCCCGUGACGCUGGCGCCCAACCCAGAUGAGGUGGAUGCGGUGAAGUAUGUGGACCAGCGGGAACUCGCGGCCAUGAUGGAUCCCAGCUCGGGGUUGCGGUGGUCGCCCUGGUUUCGGAUCCUGGCGGAGCGCUUCCUGGACGGCUGGUGGGAGGAUCUGGAUUUGACGCUAGGGACCACCCUGCACCACGACCAUGCCACCAUUCAUCGCAUAUUGUAGGAGCGGAGGGAGGGUAUAAUGUAGCGGCGAAAAGGGGAGGAGGGAAGGGAUUGGGACAAAGUUAGUAACGGUAGUGGAAGAGGGUGAGAAGGGAGGAGCUGCAAGGGGCUGGGCGACGAUGGGGUAAGGUGCCUGGUAGAAGGGGGCUGAGCGUGAGAGGGACGUGUGCGGGAGGAGGAGAGGUGUGCAGUGGGGAGCUGAUGUGGUUGCAGGGGCAGGGCAGCUUUUGCGCAGAUGAGGGAGAGGACUAGCGUGCGCGCUCCUGUUUCCUGCUUCGUAACUAGGUUCCAGUACUGUUUUAGGCUUUUAGCACAGUACCGAAUUGCAGCAAGCAAACGUGUUCUGCUUCGGAGCUGGUUCGUAGUACCAUUCAGCGGUGCGUGAGGACAGCAAAAGGGGGCCACGAUGUGUGCGACAGCUGUCUCGGGUGCUCAACCCGUUACGCUCGCUUCCUCGAUAACGAAUGUGAAUAUGAAUGCAGGUGGUGUUGCAUGGGAACGCAUGAUUGUUGGUAAAAGUAGGGUUCCUCGGGCUUGACAAGUUGACUACACAAGACCCUUGGACGCUUAAGGUCUUGCUGGCAGGGCGCUUGUGUGGAUGAGUAGCCUGGUCGCCUCGACUGCCGAAUGCGGAUGGGCAGCUUUAGGAAUGGUUUGGGAGGGGGUGCGCAGGAGGUGCGAGGCUAGAUGCCGGUAAGCUACUCAAACGCUAAGUUUGGCAAGCGCUCAUCUUGUUUUUUUACUCGGCAGUCCUGCGUCUGUCCUUUUGGUCGAGUAUGGCUGCAAAGUGGUUAAAGCCGCAGCCCGUCAGUAGCUAGGACAUGCAUGGAUUAUGCAUGAUUCCGUGCAUGCGUGCGGGGAGGCACCAGGUGCCCGGCACGGCCUUGCCAUGCUAGGGGGGCGACAGCCCGUCCUUACAGCAGCAACGGCAGCGGCCAGUUCCUGGACACGGGACCGCUGCGCCUCCAACAACACGUAUUAACACAUCUCUAACCUCCUUCCCGUACAAUUGUACGAUCUUUGUACCUCUUUGCAUGAACAUGAAACCCAUUCGCAUCCGCCCUACGAGCACCUUCUUCCUCAUGUAUUAUACCCUCAUGCGUGCCACCCCCCGCGCGGCAACCAUAAGGCC